AAGGCCGCGCGCGCACCGUCCCUUCCCCAAGAUGGCGGCGGCCACCAGCAGCGAGACGGGGAGCGGCGGGGUGGCGGCGGGCGAGAAGCGCGGCCCCCUCGGCAUCCCCGAGGCGGUUUUCGUGGAAGAUGUAGAUUCUUUUAUGAAACAGCCUGGAAAUGAGACAGCAGAUGUAGUUCUUAAGAAGUUGGAUGAGCAGUAUCAGAAGUAUAAAUUUUUGGAACUUAAUCUUGCUCAAAAGAAAAGGAGGCUAAAAAGUCAGAUUCCUGAAAUUAAACAGACAUUAGAAAUUUUAAAACACAUGCAGAAGAAAAAGGAUUCCACACAUCCAAUGGAAACCAGAUUUUUAUUGGCAGAUAAUCUCUACUGCAAAGCUUCAGUUCCUCCUACAGAUAAAGUUUGUUUGUGGUUGGGGGCCAAUGUGAUGCUUGAAUAUGAUAUUGAUGAAGCUCAGGCUCUGUUAGAGAAGAAUUUGUCAACAGCCACAAGAAACCUUGAUCUUCUAGAGGAAGAGCUGGAUUUUCUCAGAGAUCAGUUCACCACUACAGAAGUCAAUAUGGCUAGAGUUUAUAAUUGGGAUGUAAAGAGAAGAAACAAGCAAGACCCUUCUAAAAACAAAGCAUAGUUUUGCCAGUUUUAAAUGUGGUUUCAAUUUCCAAAUAUUUUUUAUUUAAACACCCCCAAAAAAUUCAUUCUUAAGGGACUGAGUUACUUUAAGCAUUUCAGCAAAUGGUAAAAUAUAUAAAAACUGAUGGUGAGCACCACUUUAUUUAUUUGUAAGCUCAAAAUUUGGUUUCAUGCAUGCUUCAUGAGAUGAAUUAUUUGAAAAGGCACCACCCAGUCCAGCAAAGGAAGCAGCUUUUUGAUCAGGCCAGUCUGUCAUAAAUAAAUUUCUACCUGAAAAGUUGAGGGACAUGUGUGAAAUGGAGCUGACAUCUUAGCAGGGUCAGGUAUUGCCAGGGUUUAUUUUUUCACCUCUGCACAGCUGGUGGAGUCACACUCACCUCGGGCUGGGAAGACAUGGCAGCUGUAAUGGUCUGAGAAACAGAAAAAAAAAUAAUAUACAGUGAAGUCUUGGAUUUUGUCUCAGUCAGUUAAUUGGCAGCAUCAACCUGGAAGCAUUCCUGGGUAUCCACUUUGGAUAAAUGUGUUUGGAACAGUUAUGGGUUAGUUAACUGCCUGUUAGUGAACUCUCAGCACUUUACAUACAAUUUGUGACUUUGUCUUCAGAGUGGUGAAGGGAGGACACAGCACAAGCCAUGCCAGGGCUGCAGGUGAUCUCACCCCCUCCUUUUUCAUACAUGUGCACACGCUGCUUCCUUUUGCAGGGUGUGUUCAACAGGGACCCCAAAGUACCCUGUAAAGAACAGCCCCCUAUAACCACCCCUUAGACAAGGUGUCCACUUCCAGUGUCUUAACACUCACAGCCUCCCAGGUGGUGAAACCUGCAUUAGAUGAGGGUGGGUUACUGAAGCAUGACUUCUGGUGUUCACAGCUGGAAUUAUUAUUAUUUUUUUUCUAAUUUUAUUUUUUGGUUCUUCCGAAGCCUUGCAAGAUUGUUGCCUUUUACCUCUGCAGUUUCUUUCUAAGAUGAAAUGCUCAGUGGUGAUGUCAGUGGCUAAUAUUCACAUUCUGUGACUGAGAAUACAGGUUCUGCUGCAAAAUAAAUGCAACUGUUAACUGUUUGAUCUUCAUGUAAGAAACAAUAUACCUGUAAAUUUUUUGUACUUUUAUUUCAUGAUAUUAAAAUAGUAAAACUAAACA